AUGUGCCUUUUUAAGCCUGAGACUGCUCAGACCACCGAGACCGAUUCCUCAUCUCCCUCAUCUCAGACCGAAUCUCAUGGAGGAUCAAAGGCAGAGGCUCGCCGGCGCAACGUCCAAGAAAAGAAGUUCAAGCUGGAAGAAAUGCUACAGACAGCUGCAGCUGCCACCAAAGCGGCGUCCACUACCACUAUGAAGAGGCGAAUCCGUCAGCGGCUCCACAAGAAGUUGGGCACUGUGCUCUCCAAGAAAGAUUUUGCCUCAGCCAUGGAACGUUUCAAGCUGUUGGAGCAGCUUGGCCUAGCUUGGCCCAGCUUGUCUCGGUUUGGCUUCGGUCGCGAAGCCAACCUGAAGCCAACAUAA